AUGGCAUGUGGCUAUCCGGAGGAUAAGGUGGUCAGAAUUAUGCCAAAUACGCCCACUGAAGUGGGCAAGGGGUCGACAGCGAUUACCGCCGCGUCUUCCGCCCGCUCUACUGAGGCGUAUACCCAAGUUUACCAGUGGCUUUCACAAGCGACAGGUCUUGUGACAGAAAUUCCAGAGAAGGACUUCUCUAAAUUUACGGCAUCAUAUGGCUGUUCACCUGCGUAUAAUUACCUUAUUUUUGAAGCGUUAAAUGCCAUCAAAUUCAAAAUACAUGUGACGGACCCAUUGCGGACCCGGUCAUUAAAUCAUGCUGUAUGGUUAUCACUUAUGCGGUUACCACUUAUGCAAUUCCCCAUUUCACUUAUGCAAUUCCCCAUUUCACUUAUGCAAUUCCCCAUUUAA